UAAUUGACAGUGAAGUACAACCUACAUGGAUUUGCGCAGUACACCAUAGGAGAAAUAAUUUCAUAGGCACAUUUUGAGGUGUGCUAAUACGAGGCUCUUUGCGGCUUCCUUGAUUUAUACAGAAAACGGGAAGUUACACACGUUCCUGCGUCACGCUCUUCAACUCCAGGCUCCCAUUGAGCAGUCAGUAUCCUUGGGAAGCGCAACAUAUUUGUGUGAUUGUUCUAAUAUUUUCGCUUUUUAAGUGUUUCGCGACUGAUUGAGUGACGUGAGAAUUGCCAUAAGUUGACACACAAUUCAUGGAGAGUGUUAAGACUAACGGAAACCUGCGAGAGAGACAGACCAGAGGAGUUUUGCAGUUGUCUCUGAAGGGUAGCAGUCUGCUUGGAGUGUGGACACCCACGUCCGCACCUGAGGCAGGAUCGGCUCGUCAUCUCGGCAGCUGUGAGGAGGCUGUGGGUGGCCUGAGCAGGGAACGGUACCCCCACACCUGCCAGCACAAUGCACGGGGGAAAGAAAGCCCAGGAACUAAACUGACCGCCCAGGGGAGUGUAGCUCAAAUGAAUCAGACUGUUGAAAAGAAAAAUCGUAUCUGGAUUGAGGCGAUGCGUCGAGGUGACGUGAGGCGCAGUCACCUGAGGGCACACCUGUAACGGAAAUAGCUACGGUCUUACUAGGUGACCGCCAUAAAAUACCUGUCCAUAUGCUCACGGCCGUUGCUUAGAUCACUUUUUGUUUGUA